AUGGACUCCGAUGAACGAAGUGAUAUCGGACGACAGUAUGGGUCUAUGUCAAUGGAACAAACCUUGACCGCGCCGUUGAAUAAUACGAUUGAUUUUCUUGGACCAGGAAAUGAAUACGGUCAAACAACAGUUAGCUAUGAAGAAAUAUUAGAUGAAACAUCUCGAGAAUUACUCAAAUUCGGUUUCAAGAAGAUCGCAAAAAAGAAUGACUACAUUCGAAUUGAGAGCAUUGGCGAUGCAUUUCGACAUUCUGGUCAAAAUCCAAGUGAAGAUACAGUGAAAGACAUGAUUGAAAAGGCGAAAUCUUUAAAAGAAACUCAUCAACAAGAGGUCGAUCCAGAUGAAAAAGCUGACGAUCGUUUAUCCUUUGCGGAUUUUCUAACGAUUGUUCAUGAAUUUUACGUGACGACCGAUGAUGACAAGCAACAAUUACAAGAAGCAUUCGAUAUUCUCGAUCCCGAGAACAAAUCGAAGUUAAUGGUGGAUAAUUUUACAUAUUUACUUAAAAAUUGUGAUUGGCCUGAAGAUGAUAUCGAUUUGCUUCUCUCACAACUGAGUUGUGCCGAUGGAUAUUUUAUUAUUGACGAUUUACAAAAGAUGUUGAAUACACCGGUUGAAUUACCGAAGAAGAAAGCCAAGAAAGGAGGAAAAGCCAAAAAGAAAGGAAAAUGA